UCGCUGUGUGCAAAAGGUGAAAAAAGGCUGGAGCCAGAGGAGGAAGUGAGGAGGAGGGACCAGAAAAGCAGGUCGGCGGUGUGAACGGGCACUCCAGACUCGGGGACGAUCCCAGCGCUGAGGAAGUUGGAGGAGGCUCUUGUUGCUGCCUCGGGUUCUUCCUUCAGAGCAGUAAUGCGCACCCAGGGGCGCUGGAUUUCAGAAACCUCGCUCCGUAUCUCCCGCUCAGAAACACGCCGCGACACGUCCAGAGGAAUCACUCACCUCUGCGGCCAGAGCCGACACAGGUAGUGGCAAAGAAAGGGAUCCCGGAAGAACCAGUUCUGCAGGUUUAUUUCUAUAGAUCUGAUUUCAAAGCGAGAGGACACAAAUGCACUUGCUUACUCCUUUGAGCAAGUAGAUAUUUUUUAAAGUUGUUUUUUUUUUUUGUUGUUGAUUUUUUUUAUUUAUGGAAAAGCAGAAAAUGUCCGAUUUUAUGAAGAAGUGGCUGUGCGUGGCGAUGGACGUGGUGUGCGUUCUGCUUGCGUCCCUGCCCUCCAUCAUUUUGACCAUUAGGUUCAAGCCUUAUCAACGGGGGAUUUAUUGUGACGACGAGAGCAUCAAGUACCCGCUCAAACCAGACACCAUUUCCCACAGCAUGAUGGGAGUUAUGACCAUCACCUGCACUGUCAUUAUUAUCACCUCUGGAGAAGCUUAUCUAGUUCACAAAAAGAUAAUUUACUCAAAUUCAAAGUUUAAUCAGUACAAAGCAGCACUCUACAAGGUGGUGGGAACCUUUGUGUUUGGCGCAACUGUCAGCCAGUCGCUCACAGACAUUGCCAAGUUCACAAUCGGCCGUCCAAGGCCUAACUUUAUGGCCGUGUGCGCGCCGAAGAACUGCAUCGGAUACGUGCUGGAAAUCAACUGCACAGGCCAAUUACAUGAAGUCACAGAGUCAAGAUUAUCUUUUUACUCUGGACACUCCUCCUUUGGAAUGUACUGCAUGCUCUUCCUGGCGUUUUACGUGCAGACCAGACUUACGGCCAAGUGGGCCAGACUUUUGCGGCCCACCAUCCAGUUCUUCCUGGUGGCCUUCGCGGUGUACGUGGGUUACACCCGAGUCUCUGAUUACAAGCACCAUUGGAGCGACGUGGUGGUGGGGCUGCUGCAGGGAGCUCUUGUUGCCGUGCUCAACGUUUGCUUUGUGUCCGACUUCUUCAAGAAGCGCCAUGCACAUGGCACAAGCCCAGACGCGGGGAGCGGCGAGGAGCCGGAGAGGAAACCGAGCCUGCAGAUUGCAGACGCUGAGCACGGCAAUCACUGCGGCUACCGCAAUGAUCCCGGCCCCUUGUGAUGAGAGGCGUCGGCUCCCUUGGCUUGCAGCCUGCAGACACCCAAACCUGUGCAAUAGGUUCCGACGCAGGAGCUGCAGCUCCGUUUGUGCGGUCUGCUGCUUUUAGUUCAAGUCUCGAUUCCAAUUCUGGAAAUGUUACAAUGUUUUUUUUUACUUCAUGAGCUCAUCAGCUCCUCUUCUCCCUUUUCAACAACCACUCACUCUUCAUCUGCUCCACUGGAAUGAGUAAGAGGGGACACCACCCCUGUCAAGGAAAACACAAUAACCUCUGCUUCCCUUGGAAAGGAGAAGAGAGUGCAUUGCCUUCCAAGCAUCUUUCCUGAAGUUGCAUUUAGAGGACUCCAAACUCACUGUAUCAAAGCAGCAGUUCAGUGUAACCACAUAGAAUAAUUGUUGCUCAUAUUGUCGCAAGCAAAUUACACCCAGAAGGUACAGUGUGUGCCUUCUUGCAACCUUGCGAAAGAAACUCUGAUGUCCCCCUGCUUAUUGCCUGCUUCUGAGAAAUCUGCACUUGUUAAUUUAUAUCCAAUAAGCUAAUUAUGUUUGUAAAACAAGCUUUAUUUCACAGGUCGGUAUUGGAAUAUGCGGCUGAAAUGCAAUUUUAACAACUUGAAAGAAACAGAUAUCUCUAUAAAUAGAUUUUCAAAGUGAUUAAAAAACAGUAACGUAGUGUUAGAAAAUUUUGCUUACUAAAGCUUGCAUUUGUUCUGGUGUUUUUAAAUGUUAUGUGUAAAGGUUUGACCUGUUCGCAGUGAGGGAGAAUUACAGCUCAAAUAUGAAUGUCUGUAAAAAUAUGGUUUGGUUUACGUAUUAGCACAAUUUUUAGCACACCUUAAACUGCUCACAAGACAAGAUAAUGUCACACGAGUUAAUGUAGAUGGAACUGUGUAUCUGCACACCACUGUGUCCUCAGAUAUUUGUCUUAACUUUCACUAAACAAUAUGAACAAUAUGAGCAACAACUCAAUACUAUACAGGGCUAGACUUUACUAAAAAUAAAGGAUUACCUUCAGUGACACGAAACUAAACCUUUAAGAACGGAUGAUGCUUUAAAGGACACGGGUGCAUCUCGAUGACUAUGAAAUUCUUGGAUCGGGUAAUUUAAUAAAAUAAUUCAGAUCAUAGAGCUAAACUCGUAUGGAUUCAUCACAUACAGUGAUGUUUCAAACUUUGUCUUUCAGACGAUUUUUAUGAUUACAGCAAACAUACAUUGGUCCAUAUUUUCCCAUAUUCUACAGUGUGCGCAUAAUUUGGUCAAUUUGGAAUUACUGAUGCAGUAAUUCAUUUUGCAGGAAUUACCACAUCAAUGAAAUGUGGCAUGGGGCUUUUUGGAAACCCAGGUUGCUUUAGCCCGUUUACAUUGUUGAGUCAUGUGUCUCAGUCAUCCACCUGAAAAUCCUUCAUAUAUUCUCUAUAGGACUUUGAUCAGGCAAGAACUUGCAGGGCAAUCCAGCUCAGUAAUACCAUAGUAAUUAAAGAUGGCAUCAGUACUUCUUGCAGUGUGAGUAGGUGCCAGGUCCUGCGGGUGAUUCAAAUCUGCAUCUCUGCAUAGCUCAUCAGUAGAGAGAAGCAUGAAAUGCUCUAAAAUGUUAUAGUAGGAUGAAUUUUAGACCAUUUAGGAAUAGUCCAAAAUAUUUUUCUCUUUAGCCUGGGUGAGAUAAUUCUGAUACCUGCUUCAAGAGUAUUUUAACACUAGGAAUGCAACGUAAAAAUCCAUCUAUCUGUGGUGACUCUUGAAACACUGACUCCAACCACAGUGCAUGCCUUGUGACUCUCCCCCCAUGGCCUCGCUAAACCUUUUUUUCCACUAAAGGUUGCAGUCAUCCAAGCAUAUAUGUUGCUUAUGCACCCAUUUUUUGUACUGCACUUUUUUCUUCCACUCAGCUUGUAUACUGCAGUUUGAACGGCCAGAAUCUUAGCAAUCACACUUUGUGAUUUACCCUGGCCUGCUUGACAACUCACAUGAUUGUCCUGGCCACAACAUGGCUGGAAAAUAACCAUUUCACAUUUAACAUUUUCUUAUUGGCCUCAAGUAAUAUUAACAUUUUCUAAGGCUGAAUUUUUUUUUUAGCUAGAAGCUAUAAUCAUCAAACCUAACAAGAAUGCAGGUUUUAAAUGUAGCAUUUUUGCAUCAUAAAGUAUAUCUGUACAAAACAAGGUUUACUUUUUGCAUUUAAAUGUUGAACUAAAUUGCCAUUUAAUAAAAUUAUAAAUCAUUGAGAUGCAUAUAUGGACAUGCUUUAUGCUCUUUAAAAUAGAUAUGCUUUAUUAAAACUGACUCUUUUAAUUUGUAAAGGUUGGGAGUCAUUUCUCGUUGUGUUAUAUUUCCCCAUGUGGGACAAAUUGGACUGCAGCGGUAAAGUAUUGAUGCUGACAGCUUCCAGUUCAGUGCGACUUAAUGCACCACACUGCUACCACUAUAUUGCUAAAGACAUUGGUUGAAAGUUUGACCACCAACUUAUCUUUAUUUGUUUAAUUUUAUUGUUUUAUUUUACGAAUAGUCAAAGAAGGACAAGACAGCCAUUUGAAAAGGCUGUUUUAUUUAUGCGUAAAAUAAAUUUUCUAUACACUUUGUACAAGGCUGGAAAUGCCAGCUUUAUUGAAGUUUUUCUGUGCAAUCACAUCUGCUUGCCACUAUGAGCCACAAAUACUGUAUCUACUAAUGCUAUGAGACUUUACAAAAGAUGAUUGUGAGUGUACAUAUAGGUUUUUGCUUGUGUACUUUUAUGUUUGUAUAAUUCAAAUUCCAUAGUUGUGUUUCAGCCACUCAGGCUUGUCUAUUUGAUUCAGCACCAGGUCUAGGACAGCUGCCAUGGUUGGUCUUCAGAGCGAUUGCUGAUGACGUUGUGAUAAUGAGUGAUGGGCCCCACUGGGUUUUUAAAGCUGGUAAAACUGCUCUGCUCAAAUUUUAUGGGCCCAUAAUCUCCAAUUCUCUUUCUCGUAUUAAGGUUUGUAAUUCGGUUUUGGGCCAGUCUUUUGUGGAGAUCACUGCUGGAUUGAAAGUAAGAUCAGACAGACUACUAAUUUCUCAGGCUAGAUGUAAAAUAGAUGGAGACAAAAGUGAAGAUGGAGAAAAUCCCAUCUAGUAGUUAUUCCAUUUGGGUGAUGAAGUCUGAAUUGUCUGAAAUUAUCAACUUUAAUGCCCCCUGAAGUCAGAAUACUGACUUGGAAUGAAAAAAGUGUUUUUGCCAAUUCUGACCUCAAAAUCCAACAUGGCUGCCAUGCAUACAAGGCAGUGGUAGCUGUGGUAAUCAAAGGUUUAGCUGCAGGCAUACCAGAUUGUAACUCUUUAAAUUUCUCUCAUACUCAAUACUGUACAACCUCUCUUAAAGUACAUGUUGCUAUGGUUUGAAUGUUCAAAAUGAGAGGAAAUGUAUUGUUUUGACCUUUUAUAGCUAAUUAUUAUUAGUUUGGUCACUCAGUACAACAGUUCCCAAAUCCCACUGCCUUUCCAGCUUGUGUCUAAGACAGUAAAGUUGAUUGUGACAUCAUUUGAAAUCUGAAAUUUGACUUUUGAUGAAGAGUCAACAACAGAUAUUGGUUGUGGUGCUUGGUUCUUCCCUUUCUUGUUUUUAAACAUACAUAUUACACAGCAAGACAAGCAUCACAGAUAUAGACAAUAUUUAAACAAACCAAGAGUUUUAACUGGUUAAAGUCUCUUGUUUUAUCUUUCUUUAAACUUUUCAUACUUUAUAACGUCUGUCAACUUUGUACCUGUUGUUUGUAUUAUCUUUGCUUAGGUGUAGCCUGUAGAUUAUGUCUACGGUCUUCAACCUGGAGAGUUUUAAAUAAAGCUAUAUUCCACCGCAAAAUGUA